UUCCAGGCAAACCUAACGGAUUUCGUCGAUUUGGAGAGGACGGAGUUGUGCUUCCGAAGAGUUAUGAAGACCAUGCUGAUGCCGUCCGAGCCAUGGAAGUCAGGCCUGAUGACGUGUGGCUCGUCACAUACCCGAGAUCUGGCACAACGAUGACCUGCGAGAUAUUGUGGCUGAUGAUGAAUAAUCUGGAUUACGAAAAGGCAGCAAAAACACACAUGUUUCACCGACGUCAUUUUCUGGAAUUUUUCACGUUUCUCCAUGAGCAAACUCAAGACUUGGACACAUAUCCAUCUCUCCACGACUUUCCCAUAGGUUACCGUCUCGCUGCCUCUGCCCCCUCCCCCCGACUAGUCGUCACCCACCUCCCCCUAUCUCUCCUUCCACCCAAGGUCCUGGAUGUGGCGAGGGUAAUGUUCGUGGCCCGGGACCCGAGGGAUGUGGCUGUGUCAUGGUAUCAUUUGCUGAGGAUGUACAAGUGUUUCGAUUUCGUGGGGGAUUUUAAGGAGUUCUGGAAACUUUUUAUGGAAGAUUCGAUUUUGUUCACACCAUUCUUCCCGAGAUUAAAGGAGACUUGGGAGCUGCGCAACCAUCCGAAAAUGCUGUUUUUGUUUUACGAAGACAUGAUAAAGGACAAACCCGGCACCUUAAAGAAGAUAUCCUCUUUCUGCGGCAAGCAGUACUCUCAAGAGCAGCUCCUGGCACUUGCUGAUCAUCUGUCUAUAGACGUGUUCAGGCAAAACCAGUCGGUUCAGUCUGUGCUGGAAACCAUUCCAGGGAUGAAGAAUGAAGGCGGAGAGGGGUUCAUUAGGAAAGGUAAAUCAGGUGGUUGGCGAGAUUACUUCGACGAAGAAAUGCGGCUGCAGGCUGAAACGUGGAUCCAGAGCAAUCUAGCUGGAACGGACAUAACUUUUGCGUUCUAA